GCUGUGAAAAUCUGGAUAAAUAAGCUCAGCGCAGACCUGUUGGUCACACCUGUGCAGGCAGAAGGAGCUGAACACAUCACAUCAACAAAGGACAACAUGGUCACACAAAGACAGACGUACCUGGAGAAACCGUUUCUGCCGGCAGUGACAGUGCUGCUGCUUUUGGCUGCAGCAGGACAUUCUGCCGUGGUGAAUGAUAAUCUCCAAACCAAAGCAGCGCCUCUGUCAAACUCAUCUCUGACCACUCAGUUUAGCAACAGUGGCAUGGAGUUGCCUCAAGUCCUACCUUUACACAAGCCAUGUAGAAGCGAACAUGCUUCUUAUUGUGUAAACGGUGGCAAGUGCAUGUAUCCGCAAGACAGUGACAAACCUUCUUGCAUCUGCGCACCCUCGUACAGCGGGCCACGCUGCAUGCUUGCGGAACCAACUCGUGGUGUUACUAUGCUCGAUGUAGAGCAAGUCAUUGGCAUUGUUCUUGGGGUGUUCAUACUCAUCAUAUUUCUGGGGAUCGCAUUUUACUUGUUUGUCUACAAGAGGUGUACAGAAUCGACGGUGCCAAUAAAAUAUGUACCUGCUAAGACCUCGGUGUGAACUCUGCAGCUCACAUUUGCUCAUCCACCACCAUCUUCAACAUUUUCCCUUUCAAGAAAAGACAGACCACAGCAUUUCACAAGAGUGAAUCAUUUGCAAGUCUACAAAACAAAGAAGAUAAUGUAUAAAAAGCAAAAAAAAGAGAAUUUUUUUUUUCCUUUUGACAACAUUUAAAUGGAAACACUUGACUGUUACAAGAGGUUAUUAGCAAGGAAAGAGCAAGAUCUAUCAAAUCUAACGUUAAUUCUUUUUUUAAUGAUUGUUUUAUUUUCAUGUAAAGAAUAAGAAUGAAAAAAUGUAUAUAUUUAUUGUAAUAUUAUGUUAAGUAAAUUAUUAUAAAUUAUUAUUUUCUUGUAUUUAAAAAUUAGUUUUAAUAAAUUACAAAAGAUAUUUCUGUUAUUUGAAUUUCA